ACCGCUCUCAUCAAACACCCUCCCAGAGCAUGCCCACAAACGCUCCGCAGCAAUCGCCAUGAUAAGGAAGCCAUUUCGGCCUCCUUCGUUUGUUCUCCGCGAGUCUGGAAGCAGCGAGCCGCCGCCGAAAAAGCGACGCACAUCGUCGAAUGCGGCGUCAUUGGGAGCCACGCCGAGAGAGCCUCUAGCUCUGGUAAGCAACCACACAUCGCAGGCUUCGCCCUCCGGCUCCGAUGAACGCUACUAUACUGUCUUGUGGAGGAAGUACACAACGAAGAAGAACAAGACAUGGGAUGGGGAUGGAGUGCUGGCUAUCGUGCGAGGAUAUGCUGUUCUGACCGACAGCGACACGGGAAAAGAGCUGGGGAAAGCGGCAUGCAAUCGGCCGUUACUACCAGGAUCGACGCUGUCCUUAGGCGGCAAGGAGAUCGAAAUUGAUAGCGCCAUCAAGAAGGACGACUAUAUCUCGGGUCGAAUGUUCCUGGGAACGGCUGCUCCAGCUCCCGUGGCGCUUGCCAAACGCCCUGGGCCGGACUUCAAACCUCUAGCUGUGUGCAAGAGGAGGCAACGUGACGAGUCGCUGUUUGGCCUCAAGAUCAACAGAAAGAGCGACGGCGAUGAGGUGGACGAAGGUGAUGGAGAGCCCGAGUUCGUUCCAGACUGGAGACCGGCGGCAACCAAGAAGCAGUUCAAAACGCCAAUGCUAUCCAGCACGGUGAUGCCCAAAUCCAAUUCUUCCGUUCCGCAGCCGCGACAUGACCCUAACCAGCCCAACGCUCUAGUCAUGAAACGCCCAAGGACUUGUCCAAAGGGCAAGCAGAUCGUCGAUGUAGUAGUCGACCCGGUUCUGAGCAAGCAUCUCCGAGAUCACCAGCGCGAAGGUGUCCGGUUUCUGUACGAAUGCGUCAUGGGUAUGCGGUGUGAGGGAGAGGGAGCCAUCAUGGCCGACGAGAUGGGCUUGGGAAAGACGCUUCAGACUAUCACCUUGAUAUGGACACUACUGAAACAAAACCCAAUCUACGAGAGUCCACCAGUUGCCGCCAAAGCGUUGAUUGUCUGUCCCGCCGGUCUUGUCGACAAUUGGCGUCGCGAAUUUCGCAAGUGGCUAGGCAACGAGAGAAUUGGUGUUUUCGUCGCCGAUGGCAAGAACAGGAAGAUCACGAAUUUUACGAUGGGAAAGGCGUAUAAUAUCAUGGUCAUUGGCUAUGAGAUGCUUCGUGUCGUUCAAGAUGAGCUGAAGAAGGGCAGCAUCGACAUCGUCAUCGCCGAUGAGGGCCACAGGCUAAAGACGGCGAACAACAAAGCCAUGCAGGCCAUCCAGUCUCUGAGCACUGAGCGUCGCGUCAUCUUGUCAGGGACGCCGCUUCAGAAUGAUCUUGGCGAGUUCUUCACCGCCAUUGACUUCGUGAAUCCGGGUCUUCUAGGCCAACGGUCCGCCUUCAAACGCACCUUCGAACACCCCAUCCUACGCAGUCGGCAGCCUGAGGCGAGUGAGUCGGAGCUGGAGAAGGGUGAAGCUCGAUGGAAGGAGCUCGUCUCUUUGACAAGUCAGUUCAUGAUCCGACGUACAGCGGAGGUUUUGGCAAAAUAUCUUCCGUCAAAAACAGAGCACAUCAUCUUCUGCAAGCCCACUGCCGCGCAGGCGACUGCAUACCGAAAUAUACUCUCGUCGCCUGUUUUCGCAAUCGCACUUGGUAAUACGGAUACAGCCCUUCAGCUCAUCAACGUCCUCAAGAAGGUCUGCAACAGCCCCGCGUUGUUGAAGUCUUCGAAAGGUGCGGAGGAUACACCAUCCGAAAUGCUACAGUCACUACUUCCACUCAUUCCCCCCAACAUCCUCAACUCGAAUGCUUCAAGCACUAAGCUGCGUAUGCUCGACAGCCUAAUUCAUAAGAUCUACACAACCACAGAAGAGAAGGUAGUCAUCGUAUCCAAUUACACCACAACUCUGGAUAUGAUUGAACGCCUUCUCGUCUCACUGUCGUACACCUAUCUUCGUCUUGACGGGACUACACCAACAGCGAAACGUCAACCGCUUGUCGAAAAGUUCAAUAAGACAGCCAAGGCGACGUCAUUCGCCUUUCUUCUCUCUGCUAAGUCCGGAGGUGUCGGUAUCAACCUUAUCGGCGCAUCCCGCAUUGUCCUCUUCGACAUUGACUGGAAUCCAGCCACGGACUUGCAGGCUAUGGCACGCAUCCAUCGCGACGGGCAGAAGCUGCCUUGCAAGGUGUACAGGUUCCUCGUUCAGGGCGCGCUAGAUGAGAAGAUCUUCCAGCGCCAGGUGAUGAAGAUGGGUCUGGCGAAUGCAGUCGUCGACAACAAAGCGAGCGCGUCUUCAUUUUCGAAAGAAGAGCUCCGAGAUCUGUUUCGCCUGGACGAGCGAGAGACGUGCCAGACGCACGAUUUGCUUGGCUGCACUUGCGACUGCAAAGGCGCGCCAGAGAUCAAGCUUGAGCCUAUCGAGGUAGCUGAAUAUGACGAAGGUGAAGGGGAGGACUCCUAUGGUGGCUUGCAGAAAGCGAGCCAAGUGGAUAUGGAGGAGCAAGAGUCUCGUAUCAAGAGCCGCCGAGCGGCUAAGCAGCCGAAAUUAAGGAUGCUGAUGGAGUAUCAACACAUUGACACGAAAUAUUUGCGAUGCGAUAAGGGUUCCGAGACUGUGGAUCUAGCAACGGAGGAGGGAGAGGGCGGCGAGAACGUGGAUAAGGAUGAAAUGGCACUCGCGGUUGACGAUGAUGUCUUCCUUGAGGUGCUGAAAGAGCAGGAUUGCAGGGCGGGCUUUCUCUUGACGAAGUCGAGCUCAUGAGGAUGAUGGAACUGAGGCGAGGCGGGGCCAUGAAGGCGGGAAUUGCAACGGUUAUUACACUUAUGCAUCGCAUCAACAACUGGAUAUCGACACCUUUACCGCGGCCUUUUUCAGAAACGUUUGGAAACUAACUCUACGACACAUCGCACUAUACCCCAUAGAUAGCAU